AAUCGAUGUUCGAGGGCCCUGCCAAUCGAUGAACAACCACCACUGGCGGUCACUUCAGUUGUUUACUUUUUUACUUUGCGUGCAGCGGAAAACCGGGCCGAAUUUAACCGCUCGAAUUUUUUUAAUUUUUUUUCCGCCACCCUGGUCGCCGCAUCUUGCCGCAAAUUGGUGUAAAUAGAAGAGAAGAAGCGAUUGUAAUGAAGGCGCGCGCUUUUUUUUAGUGUGUGAAAAUGUAUCGAAAAUGAAAGAAGUGAAGAAGGCGCAAAGAGUGUGUGUGAAGUGCGUGCCGAAAAAAGAGAGCGGCGAAAAGUGCCAAAAAUAAAACAACAAAAAAGAAACCAAAAAAAAAGUAAAAUAAUAAAAUAAAACAGGCUGGGGAGAAAGGCGAUCGAAAGGAGAAGAACGAACGAAGAGUGAGAGAGGCGAAAGCAACAGCAACAAGUGGGCGAAGAUGUGCAAAUGACAAAUUGGUCAAAACUCCGACUCCUGUUUCCCUUGCUCUCUCGCUCUCUCUCACGCACUCCCACUCGCACGCGCACUCUCACACUCGCACGCACAUCCCCGCCAUUGGCCAUCUCACUCGCACGCGGCGAAGACGGGAACGGGAACGGGGACAGGAAUCAGAAUCGGGAACAGCCGGCGGUCAAGUUCAAGUGGGAACGGAAACGGAAGGUGCAAGGAAAACAUGCGGAGACCGGUCACAGCCUUAAAUCGCAAUCACUACUUCGUCAUCGGCCUGCUCCUGGGCCUCCUGCUCAGCUGGCACAUUCCGCAGGACAUCUGGGAGGAGGAGUGUCCCGAGGAGGCCGCCGAGAAUCUGCUGAUCGAGCGGUUCGGCCAGGAGUUCGAGCCCCACUUGAACCUGAUCAACAAGCCGCUGGCGGCCAAGAAGCCGGUGAAAAAUGUGAUUCGGCCGCGCUACUACUCCUCAGAGCUGGGGAUCCGCGAGAAGCUCUUCAUCGGGGUGAUGACCUCGCAGGAGCACAUCAACACCUUUGCGACCGCCUUCAACCGCACCACCGCCCACCUGGUCAACAAGAUCAAGUUCUUCAUUUACGCGGACAGUGUGAAGACCAACUACAAGUUGAAGAACAUCGUGGGAUUCACGGAUACGCGCGAGAGCCGAAGGCCGUUCCACGUGAUCAAGUAUAUUGCGGACAACUAUCUGGAUGAGUACGACUACUUCCUGUUGGUGCCCGACACCGUCUACGUGGAUGCACGCAAGCUGGUGAAGCUGCUCUACCACAUGAGCAUCACCUUUGACCUGUACAUGGGUGGCGCCCGCAUCGGUCUCGAUCCUCCGGGUGGCAGUGCCUCCGUCGAUGGCCAGUCGAAUGAGCCGCCGGCGAACGAGGAGCAGGCCCCCGGGGCCAGCGAUCGCAACUACUGCUCCCUGGAGGCGGGCAUCCUGCUCAGCAGCAGCGUCAUCCGCAAGAUGCGCAACAAUCUGGAGCGCUGCGUCCGGAUCGGCAGCACCAGUGACCACAGUGUCAACAUCGGGCGGUGCGUCAAGUACGCCAGUCGGGUGGCCGGAUGCCAGGAGAGCUUUCAGGGCAUGCGGCAGUUUAGCUACGCCUUGGAUGCGCCGGGCCGCCGUCAUCGCGAAUUCAGCGAACUGGCCAAGGAGGAGGCCUUCCGCAACGCCAGCACCGUGUAUCCCGUCCAGACGCCGGAGGACUUUUACCGACUGCAUGCCUACUACUCCAAGCACCACCUGGAGAAGGUGCAGGAGCGGGGCUAUGCUCUGGAGCAGAAGUCGUACCGGAUUGCCAAUGGGAGCAUUUCAAACAAAAUUCUGGAGAUCCGCUGGCCGCUGGGAAUGCCGCCACCCAGUGCGCCGGAGACGCGCCACGACAUCCUCACGUGGCAGCUGCUCAAUGGGACGCACAGCUUCUUGCCCAACGGCAAUGCGGAGCACGCGCUGGCGCCGCUGACGCGGAUCGAGGCUCAGGACUUUGCCAAGGUGCUGGAGAUAGCACUACAGUAUGCCGCCCUCAAGCAUCCGCGCCUGAGUUACCACAGCCUGCACAGUGCCUAUCGGAAGUUCGAUGCCACACGUGGCAUGGACUACCAGCUGCAUCUGAAUCUGCAGGAGGGCUCGGGUCGCAGUCGCCGGCUCGUGGUCAAGAGCUUCGAGGUGGUGAAGCCUCUGGGUCGCGUGGAGGUGGUUCCCUCGCCCUACGUCACGGAGAGCACGAGGAUUGCCAUUUUGGUGCCCGCCUUUGAGCACCAGGUGCCGGAUGCUCUGCUGUUUGUGGAGCAGUACGAAAGAAUAUGCAUGCAAAACCAGGACAACACCUUCCUGCUGCUGAUCUUCAUGUACCGACUGGACUCGCCCAGCAAGGGCGACGAGGAUCCCUUCAAGGCAUUGAAGACGCUGGCCCUGGACUUGUCCUCAAAGUACAAGACGGAUGGCUCCCGGAUCGCCUGGGUGUCCAUCCGGCUGCCGGAGCAGCUGAGCGACCCGGUGGAUCCGCAGGGCUGGCUGCUGCACGCCUCCAUGUAUGGACCACGCCAGCUGCUCAGCCUGGUGGUUGCGGACCUGGCACUGCCCAAGCUGGGCCUCGAGUCCCUCGUGCUCCUGGCCACACCGGGCAUGAUCUUCAAGGCGGACUUUCUGAACCGCGUGCGCAUGAACACGAUACAGGGCUUCCAGGUGUACGCCCCCAUCGGCUUCCAAAUGUACCCGUGCCGCUGGGCGCAGUUCUGCCGGGAGUGCGACACCUGCGACGUGAGUCAGAGCAGCGGCUACUUCGAUCGCCACAACCACGACGUGAUCGCCUUCUACAGCCGGGAUUAUGUCCAGGCUCGCAAGCUGUUGCAUCCGCAAGGACUGCCGAUCAUACGCAGCGACCUGGACAUCGACCAGUUGAUGCUGCAGCCCGGCGAGGAGACGCGACCUCCGGGCGUGGAGAGUAUCCUCGAUAUGUUCGUGGCGGCACAGCACUCGGUGCAUAUACUGCGCGGAGUGGAGCCGAACUUGCGCUUCGGCCAGAAUGUGCGGAACCACUUGGCUCGCGGAGGAACGCUGCCGCAGAGCGUGCCGGAUAGCUGCGGUCGGGAGCAGUGCAUCCACUUGGCGUCGCGCAAGCAGAUCGGCGACGCCAUAAUUCGCUACGAGGACAAAAGUAUUCUACACAAAUAGUAGGGAUCCGAAGGCUCCUAUCCAGCUCCUGCUCCUGCCUGUUAUAUCAUCAGUUCCUUCUUAAGAUAUUUCCAUAUGUACAUGACCGUGUGAUUGAGCUGGGACCGGGACCGGGACCCAAGUAUAAGACCUACAUCGGACCUAUCUCAAUCCGAACUUAGUGUUUAGACCUGGGCGAUUCCCGUUGUUGCUUGCUUUAAAGUGAAACUUUCAAUGCUCAAAAUGGUAGACAGCAAUUAGUUAGUUAGUAGUUACCAUAACGUAGUGUUAGCCUCCAAAACUCGUAGGACAAAUGUAGGACACUUGUUCGAGCCAUUCAACAGACAUUCGAUUUUCGCAUGUAAAUACUUAGCAUACGCCACAUAUCUCUAUUAACGAUUCCUAGUAAGUUACGUAAGUAAGAUUCCUAGUAGUUAAGUUGACUCCUAUUUAAACGACUAGUUAAGCUAAGUGUUAUACUACUACGAUCUAAGUGAAACGAACGAUGGGCUGUACGAAAAUAACCAGAUGCCGCCUUGCCUCAAAGUGUUACAAUCCCUGUAAAUGGGCUCUCUCAAAAACGGUGUGCCAAAAAGGAGUUACUAUAGAAAAACUGGUCCAACUGGGGGAGUGCUUACUUUGACUAUAUUCCUAUUUAAAAAGUUAAAUAUUAGGUCUUAAUAUCGGCUAAGUGAAAGUAUAAACCAUAAUUCUGUCGGAAAAUUGCCUUCAAAAUAACAAUCGAAAAGUAUUGCUAAUUAUCAGGGUUUUUGUGGCAACAAAAAACCCAUUGUAAAUAAAAUAUAUUGUUAAGUGCUUGCCAAUUUACAUUGUUAGUUUCUCCAUGUUAUUCAUAUGACCAUUUGCAAGCACAUCUGGCUUAGCAUCGAAUAAGAAGUCUGCCAGUCAAAUUCUUAU